GUUUGUUGUCGCCUUGUUCGUUGUUGUUGCCUCUGAUUGUUGCUAUUGUUAUUGCCACUUGCGAUUUUGUUUUUAUUGCGCACUCGAAAUUGUUUUGUUAUUCACUAGUCAAGAUACAAAAAAGCGCUUGAGAUGGUGAAAAAUCCAGCGCAUUUACGUUUAGUUUAAGUUAGUCGCUCGUCUUGUGUGUGUGUAACGUAAAUAAUUAGUGCAGUUUGGCAAUUGCAACUGCAUCUUUUGACAAAUGUGAAGAAAGGCGCAUCAAAAGAACUGCAAAGACUGCAAAAUAGUGCAUAAAUAAUAUUUUAAGAACGAUGUCACUUUUUGUGGAGUACACGGAACCGAAAUGGCGGGAUUUGAAUAUGCGCGCAUUGUCAGUCGACGAGUUUUACCUGUACCUGCGAUCGCAGUUCGCUGAAAAGACCUACCUGUACACACUUUCUGAUGAGUGCUAUACGUGCCCAUACACCAAAGUGAAAGCUCUGCCCGCUGCCGACGUCGCUGCCGGCGUCGAUGAACCGUUACGUUUGAGUUCGGCAUUUGGGCUGAAUUUCAAAAUAUAUGAAUACGAUCAGGGUCACUAUGCCUACGAUAAUGUCUCCUCACUUUGUUGGCUACGUCGCACCGAUCUGCAGGAAUUCGGCGUCUAUAACCUGACCCUCGAAGCGAAUGGGACCUGUGCCUUCGAAGUGGACAAGCCGGGCGUUCCAAUUAAUUACGCUUUUCUUGCCGUUUUCGUGCUGGUUGCCGCCCUGCUAAUCACCCUGAAAGUUGUGAGUUGCCUCUGGCGUUGUUAUCGCUACGAUGAGGCCACUGCCGCCGCCGACAGCAUCGGAGAGGCCGCCACAAAGGCCACCCAGAGGAAGCGCCUGCGCAGCCUGGACACCUUCCGCGGCCUCUCCAUCGUUCUGAUGAUCUUCGUAAACAGUGGCGGCGGCGGCUACACCUGGAUAGAGCAUGCGGCCUGGAACGGCUUGCACCUGGCCGACGUGGUCUUCCCCUCGUUUCUCUGGAUCAUGGGCGUUUGCAUACCGCUCUCGGUCAAGUCACAACUCUCACGGGGCAGCAGCAAGGCCAGGAUUUGCCUGAGAAUCCUUUGGCGAUCCAUUAAGCUCUUUGCCAUCGGCCUGUGCCUCAAUUCGAUGAGUGGAACGAAUCUGGAGCAGCUGCGUCUCAUGGGUGUCCUGCAGCGUUUUGGAGUGGCGUUCCUUGUGGUCGGGGUGCUUCAUACUUUGUGCAGUCGCCGGGAUCCCAUAAGUCCGCAACGAUCAUGGCAGCGGGCCGUCCAUGAUGUGUGUCUCUUUAGCGGAGAACUGGCGAUAUUGCUCGCUCUGGUGGCCACCUAUUUGGGUCUUACCUUUGGCCUGCGAGUGCCAGGAUGUCCGCGAGGCUAUCUGGGACCAGGUGGCAAACACGAUUAUAAUGCCCAUCCGAAUUGCAUUGGCGGAGCUGCAGGCUAUGUGGAUCUUCGGGUUCUGGGCAAUGCGCACAUCUACCAACAUCCCACUGCAAAAUACGUCUACGAUUCCACUGCCUUCGAUCCAGAGGGCAUAUUUGGCUGCAUUUUAAGCGUGGUUCAGGUGCUCCUUGGUGCCUUUGCUGGCGUCACCCUGCUGGUUCAUCCCACCUGGCAGUCGAGAAUCCGUCGCUGGCUGCUGCUAGCCUUCCUGUUGGGCAUUGUUGGUGGCGCCUUGUGCGGAUUCUCGCGUGAGGGCGGCGCCAUUCCGGUGAACAAGAACCUCUGGUCGCUGUCCUUUGUCUGCGUCACUGUGAGCCUGGCUCUGGUGAUCCUUUCGCUGCUCUACUACUUCAUCGACGUGCGGGAGACAUGGAACUGGUCGGGCUAUCCGUUCACCGAGUGCGGCAUGAACGCCAUCGUGAUGUACGUGGGACAUUCCGUGCUGCACAAAAUGCUGCCCUGGCACUGGAGGAUCGGGGAGAUGAACACGCACUUCAUGCUCCUGCUGGAGGCCACAUGGAACACCCUCGUCUGGGUGGGCAUCGCCCUGUACCUGGACGCCCAGGAGUUCUACUACAGCCUGUAGGAGUGCAGCAAUAUCCACGUGCACAAUUCAAUUGCCAAAUACGUUAGUUUUUUGUACAUAGUGAUUUUUACGGGAUAUUUUGUUAACAAGCUCAAAGUCCAGGAUAAAUGUUUAGUAUUUUUAACAUAAUUCCGAAUUUUUUACGUUGUAAGAAAGCAAAUUAAGAUCAAUAAAAGUAAACGAUCUAUUAGACUCCAAAUAAAAGUUAUCUUUCUAUAAAUUAAUUGCAUUGCAUCAGAAAUCUAUUAUUAUUUAACGAAGUUUCAACCACCAGUCAUAAGAAAAACAUGGUUUUUAUUCAAGUAUUUUAUUUGUAUUUAAAUAAAAAAACAUUUUCUUGUAACACA